GACGCAGCGGUCGUCGCUGCCAUUUUAAGUUGUUUGUUCUCGCUCGUCUUCCCAAACGCGGCUGUGCCCCGGACCCGAGAGGCCUCCGAGGCCGCCGUCGCUUCCGCAGCCACCGGUUUGGGGGAACGAGGCUGUGCCACCGGGGACGCUCACCAUCCGCUUCGGCUUUCCCCGCCCCGGGUCCCCUCGACCUUUUUUCCUGAGAACCGGAACCCGAUCGUGGCGGGAAGAAAGAUUCAAGAGCAGAUGCUUGAACUGAAAUAACUUUACUUUGGGGGUUUGCCUCGCCGACCGGCCCCUUAGCGCAGGGCUCCCCUCCCUUUCCUCCCCUCCCCUUCCGCCGCCAGUGCCACUUCUGCCCCCCUCGUUCGCCUCCGUUUUUCUCUUUCUCUCUUUCUCUCGCUCUCGCCGCUGCCUCCGCGUCCUUCCCCUACGCCGCCGCCGCCCGGGGCACUGAGCCAGACUAUGGGUCCCAGGUGGGGGCUGAGCGGCGGCAGCAGCGCGGACGGCACGGCCCCAGUGCGCACUGCAGCGGGGAUGGAGGGGCGCGGUUGGCUGGUGGUUUUCUCUUGACAUGGCCCCUGCCCGUGCUGCGAGCAGCGCCGCCGCCGCCUCUUCCGCCGCCGCCACCGCUCCGCCCGCCGGCUGCGGCUAGAGGGCUGCACCCCGCCCGAGAGUCGGUCAGUGAGUCCCGGCCUCCGCGGGAUCAGUCAGGGAGGGGUUUCCCCGGCACCCACCCCUGCCCCAGCCGCCUCACUUCCGCCCCCUGACCCCCUCGGGGAGCGAACUAACGACCCCGCCCUAAACAGUCCAAACUCGGCAAACAUGGUCUGUUCGACGUGACAGGUAGCUCAUCGGGAACCCGGGAACUUAAUUUUUUUUGGGGGGUGGGGUGGGCAUACUUCAGGAAGUACUUAAUAUUAACACUACUAUUUUCUCUUUUCCCACUGAUCCUUACCCACUCCCGCCUACUCUACCCGGGCGGGAAUUGUUUCCACGAUGAAAUGAGUGAAAACCUGAGUGAUCCUGUGUCUCCCGUGGUGCGAGUGAGUCGCUGCCGCUGAAGGCAGAGGGUGGGGGUGGGGCCUGGGGGUGGAAGGCAGGUGGUCCCCGGGCACUGCCUGGGAUUUGGGAGAAGAACCCGCCACCUUUGCCUCAGCAAUGCUUGCAAGAACAUAAGUCGCUCUCCCCACGAUCUUGAACGGGGGCAGAUUCCUAGGGAAGAAGACUCCCUCGGGGAACGUAGGACUCACUGCAGGGCCAGGGGUGUUGGGAUCCAGGGCAUUAAUCGGGUCUGACCACAGAGCCGGAGUACUACUACAUCGUGUUAUGUCCCCCUUUCCCUCUGCCAUCAUGAUUCUCCUUGGCAGCAGCAUUGGCAGCCGCCUGAGGGUGAAGAUGUGGGUGUUGGGGAAGCUGGUGAUGACUCCGCUGUUCUUUCUCGUGGCUCCUUUGGGCAGCAGCUGUCCGCCCCCGGUAUCCACUGUAGUCGAUCGCAGGGAAGCCCUGUACCUCUCCCCUUCCUCCUCUGCCGGCUUCGUACUCUUCUCUUUGCUCGCCACCAGGAGUGAUCAAUAACAAGCACCGACGAUACGUAGCAAUAGUGAAAUCCGAAAUAACUAAGAGCUAAUUAGGUACUACAGCCAUGGAUCUGGCUGGGUAAAAUCCGAUUGGAUAUUUCAGUUUCACCUGCCCUGUUUUCGGUGUUUUGCGGGGUGGUUUGGUGGGGUUAUUUUUUUCUUUCUUUCUGAUUUUGGUAUUUGGAAAGCAAGAAUCACACUUCCCUCUCCCCAUUCCUUUUCAUAAUCCCUUCCCUAAAGGGGGAAAAAUCCGAAUGGAUUUUAAGGACCGGACUGGUGUCAGUUUUGUUUUAUUGCACCCCUAAAAUCCUGAUAAUAGGCUUUUCAUUCCCCACUAAAGCCUUUAUUUUGGCGGUUAAGCCAAAUGUGUUUUCCAAAAAGUUAAAAGUACUUUCUGCGCUUCCUUUCCUUCCUCCCCUUCCUUCUUCCCGUCUGACCACAAACGUUAUUGUCCAAACAUGACUGGGCAGCAACUUUUGUUUCUUGACCCUGUAACAUGACAGUCUGCUAAUAUUGCCAGAGGUGCAGUUUUUGGGUUACAGUCGUCAUUUUAGCUAUUCAAUCAUAUUAGCAGGAAAAAAAAUGACUUGUUUCUGUUGUACUUGAGUCUUAAGAAAAAGUGCCCAUAGUUUAGUGACAAUUUCCAAAGGCUUUAGUACCACCUGUUAUUUCAAAAUGGGGGACCCAAACUCCCGGAAGAAACAAGCUCUGAACAGACUACGUGCUCAGCUUAGAAAGAAAAAAGAAUCUCUAGCUGACCAGUUUGACUUCAAGAUGUAUAUUGCCUUUGUAUUCAAGGAGAAGAGGAAAAAAUCAGCACUUUUUGAAGUGUCUGAGGUUAUACCAGUCAUGACAAAUAAUUAUGAAGAAAAUAUCCUGAAGGGUGUGCGAGAUUCCAGCUAUUCCUUGGAAAGUUCCCUAGAGCUUUUGCAGAAGGAUGCGGUACAGCUCCACGCUCCUCGAUACCAGUCCAUGAGAAGGGAUGUAAUUGGCUGUACUCAGGAGAUGGAUUUCAUUCUUUGGCCUCGGAAUGAUAUCGAAAAAAUUGUCUGUCUCCUGUUUUCUAGGUGGAAGGACUCUGAUGAGCCUUUUAGGCCUGUUCAGGCCAAAUUUGAGUUUCAUCAUGGUGACUAUGAAAAACAGUUUCUGCAUGUACUGAGCCGCAAGGACAAGACUGGAAUUGUUGUCAACAACCCUAACCAGUCAGUGUUUCUCUUUAUUGACAGACAGCACUUGCAGACUCCAAAAAACAAAGCUACAAUCUUCAAGUUAUGCAGCAUUUGCCUCUACCUGCCACAGGAACAGCUUACCCACUGGGCAGUUGGCACCAUAGAGGAUCACCUCCAUCCAUAUAUGCCAGAAUAGAGUACCAGCAAAAUGGAGAAGAUCAGAGAGUGCAGCAGUUUUUUUUCUUAUUUUCUUACCACUUAUUCUUUCAGAGUUUAAAGAAAAUGGACUCAUGCACAGAACACUAUGCAUAUUGAAACUUGCUCAUCCUGGAUUUUUUUUUAAAAUUCAUUUGUAUCUCAGAACUUUAAAAAAAUUAGAUGUCUUCUGCACAGACUGUGUGAAAGAAGAUGCUUUGCAUAUUUGCUGCACUGCAUCAGCAUCUUACUAAAAAUGUGAAAUGAAUGGACUAUUGUACACUGAAAUGCUUAAAUGUAUCUGAAAGCACAAAGUGAUACCUAUUUUUGAUUGUCUUUGCAUUUAUGCUGGUUCUGCCUCUUUGACCUUUGUCAUCAGUAUUUAGAGGAUGAGAGGUGAAUGUAACAGAUAUAAGUAACAUUCUCAAAAGCUUUAUAGCUCUGGUAUGAGCACUGUUCCAGAGCACCGUCAGAUGCAUUUCAAUGAUCAGAAGUGGUUGGUUAAAAAUAUAUAUAUAUACACAACCAUGGGAAAGAAAUCUUUAAUGAAAAAAGCAUCUCAUUGUAGGCAUUCUUGCCUCAUGUUUUACUGGGCCAUGUUUGUUUCCUGGUACUCAUGUGUAUUUUAUUUCCAGAUCUCUUUCCCAAGUUAUAAGAGUAUUCUGCUCUGUGUGGAUACAGGAUACAGUUACACACAUUAAAGCAGAUCUGGAGUCUGAAGUAGCUAAAGCAGCUAUAAAACUGAGAAAUACACUCAUAGCUGCAAAAACCAUGAUAGGCUGAGAACUUUCUGGUUUUUGGUUUUUUUCUUUUUUGGUUUUAAAGAGGAGAUUUUUUAUUACAAAGAAAAAAAUUCCAGUGAAUUGUGCAGAAAUACUGGCUUUCUAUACCAUCUUAAAGAAACACUUAACGUUUUUUUUUUUUUGGAGUAGAAAAAGUUACUAAAGCUGGCGUCUUAAAUUGUGAAAAACAGAGCAUCAAAGCUCUAACAGCAGAACUCAUUUUGUGCAAUGAACAUAAGGAAAGACUACUGUAUAGUUUUUUUUGUUUUUUAAAUGAAGAAAAGCUUUGCUUAAGGGUUGCAUACUUUUAUUGGAGUUAAUCUAAUGAUCCUACUCCUUUGGAGUAAAACUUAGUGCUUACCGGUUUCCAAUUGUAUUUAGCUUCUGGUUGGAAUUUAACAAAAUGAAAACCUAAAUAAAAUAGGUGAAAGUUCCCUGACUGUUCAGGUGAAUACAGAAAGCUUGAAGUGGUAGCUUUUUUUCCAAGUCACUGGGUAUGUUACUGAUGACCUUGGGGAUUAUUUUACAGUUCAUGGCUAAAUAGUAAAUUGAGAAGGAAAAAAAAAUCCAGCAAUUAGAUUUGUAAGUAAUAGGAACUAAGGACAUUUUGUCAGCUUUUAAGAAUCAUCAGCCUGGUCUUACGCCUUGCUUCGUGGAAAAGAAAAAAUAUAUUCUUAAUUUCAAAAUGCUUUCACAUGUUUUCUGAUCCAAUUGAAAAUUAAAAUCUAUUUGAAAUAGGC